UUCCUAUCUUGGUCUGGAUGACUGACGGUGGCGAUCAGAAAACUACGAGUCCCGGGAGUGUGUGCGGCCGCCGAGCCCCGGUGUAGAGUGGAACACGCUGACAGCUGCUCAGAACCAUGCCUCGGGCCCGGAGGAGCAAUGCGGCCACCAAGAAGGGCAGCGCCAGCCGGGGCUCUCUCAGGCGGGAGCUGCUGCAGCUGAAGGUUUCGGAUAAACUGAACCAGAUAAAAGGGUCCCGGACACGGGCAGACUCGGAGGCCAGCGAGGAUGAGGGCGCCAGUGACAUCCUCAGCCACUGCAGCAGCGCCAGUGAAAGUGUCAGCGUGGCCGAGGAGGGCGGCGACACCCAGGACUUUACGUCGGCUCAGGAGCAGCGGGAGGACAAGCUGAAGGAAGACAUCGACCGUCUGACAGACAAGAGCGCAAAGACCCGAGUGUCCGCCCUGAGCAGCCUGCGGCUCGCCCUGUCGUCUCAGGUCCUGGCCGACUUCAUCGCAGAGCGGCGAGUCACCCUGACGGACGCACUGGAACGCUGUCUGAAAAAAGGGAAGGAGGAGGAGCAGUCUCUGGCCGCCUCGGUGCUGUCUCUUCUCUGUAUACAGCUGGGCUCCGGCUCUGAAGGUGAAGACGUCUUCCACAGUCUGAAGCCGAUCCUCAUCACCAUGCUGACGGACUCCAGCGCUGGGCCGCCGGUUCGGCAGAGUUGCGCCGCUGCUCUCGGUCUGUGCUGUUUCAUUGCUGCCGCUGAUGUAGAGGAUCUCCUCUCCUGUCUCAGCGUCCUGGAGGGAAUACUGACUCUGCUGUACUCGGAGAACAGCGGCGCCCCAACAUCACAGCACGGUCUGGUCUGCUCCGCCAUCCAGUCCUGGGCACUGCUGCUCACCAUCUGCCCUGCCAGCCGGAUCCAGAAGACACUGGAGGGUCACCUCCCCCGCUUGUCCGGCGUCCUGGCCUGUGAGAGCGUCAGUCUCCGCAUUGCUGCUGGCGAGUCCCUGGCGCUCCUCUAUGAGCUGGCCCGUGAUCUGGAUGAGGAUUUCCACUCGGAGGACACGGACGCGCUGUGUGUGACGCUGAAGCAGUUGGCCACCGACAGCAACAAGUACCGAGCGAAGACCGACCGCAGGAAGCAGCGUUCCAUCUUCCGGGACGUCCUGCACUACAUUGAGAGCAGCGAGUGCCACGAGGAGACCAUCAAGUUUGGUUUAGAGGUGAUGUACGUGGACAGCUGGGCGCGCCGCAGGACGUACAGCACCUUUAAGGAGGCGCUGGGCUCAGGAGUGCGCCAUCACCUACAGCACAACGAGGUCCUCAGAGACAUCUUCUCCUUGGGGGCCCCGCUGGUCCUGGACGCCGCAGCAAUCAAAGCAAGUAAAAUCUCAAGAGUGGAGAAGCAUAUGUUCAACUCUGCCGCUUUCAAAGCCAGAACUAAAGCGCGGAGCCGGGUCCGAGACAAGCGAGCGGACGUCUUCUGAGCGUGCUGAUCCUCCGGGGCCGCCAGGUCCUUCACUGACUUCUUAUCUCUGUGAUGCUGGUGCGAUGAUCUGCAGCCCAGAGCGUUGCGCCCAUCUGAUUAUAAACGCCGCUGUCCUGGCGGACUGACCGGAUGGACGUUUUUAUAAAGACUUUUUUUUUUUUUCUUUUUUUAAUUGAUCAAUUGGAAGAGAACAGACACUUCUGGGACCGUGCUCUGUCCUCACCACGGUGCUUUACACUGCAGCCUCCCUCACUGCAGCAGUCACCACUGAGAGAGUCUAUUAGAGUUUAAAGGAAAAAACAUGUUUUAAAGGGAACACGCUGCUUUUUAACCCUUUGUGGAUCGUCUCCUGCCUUUGCUGAUAUUUGAAGUCUUUUGGGUGGGUUUUAGCCGGGAUCUGGGGCGACGCUGUAUGUCUAUAGGUGACCCUCACCGAUAGUGCAGCGGAGGAGGGGCGCUGCCUAUAGAACUAUUUGAGUUGCUAUGGGUUACAAUGUUUCCUUUUCUCUAUACUUUGUUUCUUGUAGUUCACCCUCCCCCAGAGGCAGGGCCCAGAACCUGCGCUCCGUCAGCAAUAUCCUGCUGCGCCCCCUACAGGACGAGCUGCUCCGAUCACCAACAGUCUGUGAUUGUGGCUUUGUAUGGCGGUUGUCAUUUACCCGCCGGGGCCGCCACCCAUAGAGAAGCCCUUUAGGGUGUCCCCUUUCUCUAAAUGGAAAAUUGUCAUCUGAUCAACAUGACGUCAUCACGGCCGUGCAGCGGUGUGUGCCGAUCAUAUCCUCCGCCUGCAGAGAAGUGCGGAAUAUAUUUAUACACCGGAGCUGCAGCUUCAGAGCUGAAAUCUGCCAGCACUCCCUACUUGUGUCUGCACAGAGCUGUCCCUGCUGCUUUGUAUUCUUCACCCCAGUCAACUGACUGCCCCACGUGUAUUAUAGGAUGGGAGCUUAAUGCCAGCAGAAUAGUGAGUGCAGCUCUGGAGUAUAAUACAGGAUGUGACGGUAUGGCCCCUGAUGGCGGCUCUACCAGUACUGGUGCUCGGCGGUGACCGUUUCCUCCUCUGGUGGUCUU